AUGUCUUUCAACACCGACAGGCUCUCAAACAUUCUGACAAACAUGGAGAUGAACACCUCCAACCUCAAAUACGCGAUGAAGAACAACAUCUCGGAAAUCCUGAAGAAAGACACGAGCAGCCAGGACAUGGAGAUAAAGCUGCUCAGAGAGGAAGUAAGAAGGCUCAAAGAGAGCAGGGAGACAGAGGAGAACAGAGAAGCAAAAAUAAAAACAGAGGAAAACGAAAAUGAAGCUGAAAGCGCAAAAACCAUCGCCAUGCUGACUCUGCAGAUUGAAAAAAUGAGCGAGCAGAUGGAAACACAAAACCAGACAUUUAUCCGCUUCAAAGAGCAGACAGAGAGUAAGAUAAAGGCACAGCUGUGCGAGAUACUGCAGCUGAAAGGAGCUAUACGCGUGGUAACGAGAAUAAAGCCGUUUGUAUCGAAUGAAAAAGUGCUACUGACUGACGACACGAUAGAAAUACCGUCUAAGUCCUUUGUAAGCAGAUGCAGCAAAGUCCUCUCUCCUAAGACCACGCAGCAAGAUCUCUUCAGUGAAAUAGAAGAUCUCGUCUAUGCCGUUACCAAGGGAUACAAUGUAAGCAUACUGGCAUACGGGCCCACAGGCAGUGGAAAGACCUACUCCAUGGAGGGGCCAUCGCACAUCCACAAGAAAAAUGAUGCAAGCUGUGUCCACGAGAUAGGAAGUGCGUGCCAAUGUGCUGCAUGUGCUGAAGAAGGCGUUGUGUAUAGGAGCGCACAGCUGCUUAAGUCUGAGCUGCGGAGAAUGGAAGUGCUGGGGUACACGCACGCAGUGAGGAUAUCAGCCGUGGAGAUAUACAAUGACAAAAUAAUCAACUCAAUUGAAGAUGCUCCUUCACUUGAAAAAAUAACGGACAUUUUCAAAAUGGUCUCUAGAAACAGAAAAAUAGGAAGCACAGAGUGCAAUCUGCGGAGCAGCAGAAGCCAUCUGAUAUUCACAAUACACUUGGUGAUUCAGAGAAGCACUGAUACUGGGUCAAUGGAGUACAUCGAGGGAAGCCUGUGCAUUGCUGAUCUCGCUGGCUCUGAGAGGCUGAACCACUCCAAGGCAGAGGGAGAGAGAAUGAAAGAAGCCGUUGAGAUAAAUAGAAGUCUUACUGCACUGGGAGAUGUCGUAUACGCCAUAGCCAACAACACAGCGCACAUUCCCUACAGAAACUCAAAGCUAACGAGCAUACUGAAAAAUACGCUUGGGCCUGGGGCAAAGACAGCCUUCAUCAUCAACGUAGACCCGGGCGCAUCGAUUGAAGAGACAGUGACAGCCCUGCGAUUCUCAAACAGGCUGCAAGAGUGUAAAUUAGGCCGCUCCAAAACAGUCUCGCUCGAAGUACUGAAGUAG